AUGGCGGCCCAGGUACCAGUCCCUGGAUGUAAACGACAUUCAGGGAAGGGAUUCGUUUACGUCUGUCAAUCGUGCGAACACCAGUUACUUUGUAUGGACUGUAUUAAGGAGAGACACAACGGUCACACACUCGGGAAGCUAACUGAUUACGUUGCCGACCAGAAACGGGAAAUACAGAAGUAUGUUGACAAGCUUUCCAAAACCGACAUUCCUAAAAUCGAGCGGGAUAUUCGUGAAAGUGAGACAAACGGAGGAGGAUAUCAGAAAACCAUCAGUGACAUUAAACGUCAGGGGAAACAGAUGAAAGACAACAUAGAUCAUACCAUUGACUUGUUAGUGAAGAUGUGUACUGAACUAGAUAGACUAAAUACAAAUAUAUCUGAGAAAAACAAAACUGCAUUAACCAAACACCUGAAGGAUGAGUUGAAGCCCAAACUGGACAGAUGCCAGGAAGUACUGACAUCCGGUACAACCGUUGACGUCACUACAUUAGCGCGGGAAAUCGAGAAUACCUCAACUGUCCCACCUACUCUUGAAAAAUUACGGACAGUGGAGUUCAAACCCGGGACGACAUCAACCGAACUCCUGGAACGCAUGCUUGGAAAGAUACUAGUUGAUGGCAAAACCCAGUCGUGCCAACCGUUUCUGACACCUGUGGUUUUGUCCGAAUUUACGACGUCAUUCCAUAGCGCUACAUGUUGUACAUGCCUUACUAGUGACGAGGCAUGGCUACCGCACUGGGACAGUGAUCAAGUGUACCGUAUGGAUUUAAAAGGCAAGUUGAAGGAACAAAUCGAGUGUACGGUCAAAGUCGAAUCGAUCGCCGUAUCCCCGACCACGGGCAAUAUGUGGCUCUGUGUGGGAAGUGACCGAAGUAUCCGGGAAAUCACGACGGGUGGUGACAUUGUUACACGCUUUAACGUUAACACAUCGCCGCGUUCUCUGUGUAUCACUACAGAUGACACGGUUCUGUUGGGGAUACCGGGAAGGAUACAGCUCUAUACAUUAGACGGCCGGGUAGUGUCAGCUGGACAGGCCGGCCCUUGUCGACAGGUGGCCAUGUGUCCACAUCACAUGGUGUCAUGUACACUGACCGGGGACGUAGCUGCUGUUGAUAGUGAUGGCGUCGAAAAUAAUGACUUCAUAGCCGGUAAGGAACCGGACAAACAGCCGCACGUGAUCGUGAUGGAUAAACACCUGAACCUGAAGUUUAUCUGGAAAGACAUUCGUACAGCCAAAUCAAGCGAAAAGUUCAAUCCAGCGCCGAAAUUUUGUCCGAACGAUGUUUGCUUUGAUGGUGCAGGUGAUGUUCUAGUAGCAGAAUCGGUUACCAAGUCGGUACUACUGUUUGACAGGAACACUGGACGCUGUAUGAGGACUGUUUAUACUUCUGAUGGAGAAACACCUUUGAGUAUCAGCCUACACGGAGAUGGUACCUUUUGGAUCGGACACGGGGAUCGAAAAAUGAAGAUACUCAAAUUCAAAUAG